UAAAUUUAUAACGAUUCAUUUUGUUAUUUAUUUAUUUAUUGUUAUUAUACUGCKUACCGAUGUUGUAUGCGCGGACUAUGUAGUUUUUCGUGUGCAUCAUCGUAGUCGACACCUUUGGUACGCGAAUACUACACUCUGUUUGACUGUCUAUUUUGAAGAAAACGUCAAAUAUCCAAAUAAACAUGCCCUCUAGUCCUUGUAGUUCGCAAAAUAAUCGACUGCCGGAUAUCACGGAGAGUGCAGGCGACACGCUGGUCUACGACCGUGAGAUACUCAAUAUCGGAAGUUCCGACUUCAUUUUGAUAGACGAGGUGAACGAAAAAACAGAAAACAAUUAUUUAAAGACUUGUUGUAGACAAAUAGCCAACAAGACAAAAUCGGCAUUCAGGCGCAAAAACAUACCCAAACGGUUACCGUUUCUGCAAUGGUGGCCGACUUACACGACGGAAGACUGUAUAGGAGAUCUUCUUGCUGGUAUCACGGUUGGUCUAACCCUCAUACCACAAUCYAUGUCAUUCGCAGCACUGGCCGGUCUACCACUUCAAUAUGGUCUAUACGGUUCGUUCGUCGGCAGCCUGAUGUACGUCUUCCUCGGGACUUGCAAGGAAGUGCCAAUGGGUCCGACGGCCAUCGUGUCACUAAUGACGUACAACACGCUCAACGGACGUGGGCCAGUGUACGGCACUUUGAUGUGUUUCUUGUCCGGAGUCAUCCAACUGAUCAUGGGAAUGUUGGGAUUAGGUUUCUUGAUCGAUUUCAUCUCUGGGCCGGUGAACGCGGGAUUCACGUCAGCCGUCGCCAUACUCAUCGUCCUCUCACAAGUCAAAGACAUACUCGGAAUACGCGCCGUGGGGUCGACCCUGCUCGAAAUGGUUGUAUCCCUGUCCAAAGACAUCAGUAAUGUUCGAGUGGGAGACAUGGUGGUUGGAUCGGUGUGUKUCGCUGUGGUUCUGUUGUUAAGAAUGUUAGCUUUGAUCCACGURGGCCCCGAAAACGAAAGCGAACGCAAUAAAGGUCAGCGAAUUAUCAAUAGAACUAUGUGGUUGAUCGGCACUUUUAGAAACUCUAUUGUCAUCAUCGUUACCACAUUCAUUGGGUUCCUGUAUGUGAAUUCGUCGGGUCACGACUUGACAUCUAAUGAAAUGCCACCGAUACCGUUCAAGGUGAUUGGUAAAAUCCCGUCGGGUUUACCGGAUUUCGAUUUCCCGAAGUUUAGUGUCGAGGGAGACAACGGGACCACRGUUGGAUUCUUUAAGAUUGUCUCGGACAUGGGUUCUGGCGUUAUAGUGUUGCCGAUCGUAGCGCUGAUCGAAAACCUUUCCAUAUGCAAGACAUUUUCUGUGGGAAAACCCGUUGACGCCACACAAGAGUUAUUGGCAAUUGGAUUGUGUAAUAUCGGCAAUUCGUUUUUUCACGCUUACCCGGGUUCAGGUUCUUUCUCCAGAAGUGCCGUGAAUCUUUUAUGA